CCCUCUCCCUCCGCCGCCUCCCCCGCGCUGCCGCCGUGGAGUGAGGGCAGCGAGGGCCACGUCUACUUCAGCCGCAGCUGCGUGCAGGUGCGGGGCGGGCGGGGCGGGCUUCAAAAGUCCCCGAAGCGGAGGCUGCUGGAGAUCACAGAAGGGUCUGAGUUCCUCCGUCUGCAGGUGGAGGGAGGUGGCUGCUCUGGAUUCCAGUACAAGUUUUCCUUGGAUACUGUUAUCAAUCCUGAUGACAGAGUGUUUGAACAAGGUGGUGCCCGUGUGGUUGUGGAUGUGGACAGUCUGGCCUUCGUGAAAGGGUCCAUGGUAGACUUCAGUCAGGAGCUGAUUCGCAGCUCAUUCCAGGUGGUGAGCAACCCACAGGCUGAGAAGGGCUGCUCAUGUGGAACAUCCUUCUCUGUCAAACUCUAACUGGACUCUUCCCUGGGUGAUGCUUGGUGAACAUUGGGCCACAGAUCCAGCAAACUUGCUGCUUUCCCAUCUUCCCCCAUCCUCCUCAGUCCAUUACACAGUUGCUGCAAACAAUCCCAACUGUGUUUCAGUCUGAACAGAGCAUGCAGCCAGGCCCCACUGAACUCUCCCUUCAAGAAUGUGAAGUAGACUUCAGUACACACAAGAGAACAUUCUCUGUCCUCUACAAAGUCCUGUGGGCUGGCCAGUGUACCAAGUUGCUGUGGUGCCGAAUCUCCUUAACCUCCCCGGCCCACCUUCCCCAGUGUGUGGAACUGCUUGUUUUGCUGGAACUGCUUGUACAUAUAAAUAUUUGUUGAGAGG